AUGUCCACUGUCAAGCAAUCGGCCCAGGCCGCCACAUCAGAUGUCGUUGACACCGCUAAGAACGCCACGGCCGAGACGGUCACUGCCGCCACCGACUUUCUCCACACUCCGGCCGUCCGGGCAGCGCUCCCCUUCAUCAAUGGUGGUCUCAGCGGCAUGGUGGCCACAACAGUCAUCCAGCCCAUCGACAUGAUCAAGGUGCGUAUCCAGCUGGCCGGCGAGGGCAAGGCCGGCGGUCCCAAGCCGACCCCCCUCGGCGUCACGCGCGAUAUUAUCGCCAGUGGCAAGGCCAUGGACCUUUACACUGGCCUCUCGGCCGGUCUCCUCCGACAAGCCGUGUACACGACGGCCCGCAUCGGCUGCUUCGACACCUUCAUGAGCCGGCUCUCGGCGCGGGCCAAGGAGAAGGGCCAGUCGGUAGGCUUCAAGGAGCGGGCCUCGGCCGGUCUCGCGGCCGGUGGUCUCGCCGCCAUGAUCGGCAACCCGGCCGAUCUCGCCCUCAUCCGCAUGCAAAGCGACGGCCUCAAGCCCGUGGCGGAGCGCAAGAACUACAAGUCGGUCAUUGACGCCCUCGGCGGCAUUGCGCGAAACGAGGGCGUCGCGGCGCUCUGGGCCGGUGCCGCCCCCACGGUGGUGCGCGCCAUGGCGCUCAACUUUGGUCAGCUGGCCUUCUUCUCGGAGGCGAAAGCGCAGCUGAAGGCCAGGACGCAGUGGUCGAGCAAGGUGCAGACACUCAGUGCCAGUGCUAUUGCCGGCUUCUUUGCCUCGUUCUUUAGCUUGCCGUUUGACUUUGUCAAGACGAGACUGCAGAAGCAGACGAGGGGCCCGGAUGGAAAGUUACCAUAUAAUGGUAUGGUGGAUUGCUUUGCUAAAGUGGCGAAGCAGGAAGGCGUGUUUAGGUUUUAUCGGGGUUUUGGAACGUAUUAUGUGCGCAUUGCGCCGCAUGCCAUGGUGACGCUGCUUCUGGGCUGUGUUGCCUACCCGUCGCCAAUCCAUCCAGACUACCAUGCCGGACCCGCGUCGACAAUAGCCUUUGAUAACCAAGAUGAGCUGCUAUGGAUCGGCACCCAAAAGGGCUUUGCCGGCUCCUUCAUCGGCCGCGAGCUCAAGCGAUUCACUGCCUUCCGAAUACACCCCGAAACCGACGGUCCCCUCCGCCAAUUCCUCUUCGUCGACAAGGGCGUCAUCUUCCUCGGAAGCCGGAGCGUCUACAUGGCAGCACGUAGUGGCGUGCCCAUCUGGAGUAUCCGCCAUGAGUCCAUGCAGGAUCUGCGUGCCAUGUCCUUCACUAGCAAGGGGACCUCCGAGAUCCUCGUGGCCGGCUGGCAGAACAAGAUGUUGGUCAUUGACGUCAACAAGGGCGAGGUCGUCAAGGAGCUCCCAACACAAGAUCAGUACUCCUUCCUCAAGAUGAGCCGGUACAUCUGCGCGGCAACAAACAAGGGCACCGUCAACAUAUUGGACCCCAUUACUUUUACUAUCAAGAAACAAUGGCAGGCCCACGGGGCUUUCAUCAACGAUCUGGACACGUCCAACGACUUUAUUGUCACAUGCGGUGGCUCACACAGGCAGACACACAACACCCCGGCCAUACUCGACCCUUACGUCAAGGUGUUUGACCUGAAGAACAUGAGUGCUAUGAACCCAGUUCCCUUUGCGCCGCUGGCCGCUCACGUGAGGAUGCACCCGAGGAUGUUGACAACGGCCAUUGUCGUCAACCAGGCGGGCCAAAUCCACGUGACGGAUCUGUUGAAUCCAAGCAACAGCCAGGUCUGCUACACGCAGCCUCAGGGCGUGGUGCUGCAUUUCGACGUGUCGAGAACCGGAGAAGGAAAAGCACUUGCGGAUAACAAGCACAACACCUACAUCUGGGGGUCGCCCAACAAGAUCCAGUUUACCGAGAUAGGAAUCCCGCCCAGGUUGCCGGACCCUCCCCAGCCGUCGUUGUUGCCGCCAGAUCCAGACAUGUUGGAGGAACUACCCCUGAGCCGCAUCGGCUUGCCUUAUUACCGAGAACAGCUGUUCUCAGCCUUGCCGCCGGAUAUCAUCUCCGACGUGGGCGCUCCUCCGCAGCAGAUCGAUCCGAACAUCUUGAGCACUCUUACCAAGACCGACUGGGGAUACAUUGGUCCCAACAAGACGGGCUUGCAGAGAAACCAGUACAUAGAUACCCGGUCGACUAUGAAGACUUCCAACACAAUACGAGCACCCAAGUUCUUGAGUGAAAAGGCGCGCGAGUCACAGACGGGUUCAGAAGACAACGCUCUUGCUACUACCGAAUCGGCGAUGAUGCCUCCGAACAACGAUCAUUGGAGUCUGAGGCCGGAGGCGCCGCCUGAAUACAGGAUAUGUGAGAUUAAGUAUAGCAAGUUCGGUGUGGAUGACUUUGACUUUGGUUUCUUCAACAACACCCCAUACCCUGGCUUGGAGAAUAACAUAACAAACUCCUAUGCCAAUUCCCUACUGCAGGUCAUGCACUACACCCCCCUGUUGCGAAACAUGGCCCUUCAGCACGCUGCUACGGCCUGUCUAGCUGAUCCGUGUCUGCUGUGCGAGCUGGGUUAUGUUUUUGACAUGCUGCAGAAAGGUGAAGGGCCUUCUUGCCAUGCUACUAACAUGCUCAGGGCUCUUAAUCAUACUAGUAACGCUUCCGUUAGUGGUGUCCUCGAGGAUAUCGCCAAAGACAAGAACCCAAGCACUCUGGUCAAGAACCUCACCAUGUUCCUUUUCGACAAGAUCAGCCAGGACUACAAGGGCACUCCUCCGAUUUCUACCGAACUCGAAAGGACUCUGUUCAAGCUGAACCAGCCUCCGAAUUCUCUUGAUUUAGUCAAGAGACUUCUAGAGACCGACGCGAGGUAUCAGAUCAAGUGUAUGCACUGUCAACAUGUCAGCCCAAGGACAGCAACGACAUUCGUCAACAAGCUCUGCUACCCAGCAGCGAAACCAAACAUUCGCGGAAUGAAGGCACAACGCAUCACUUUCUCGCAAGUGCUCAAGGCUGGACUCGAGAACGAGGCUGUGAACAAGGGUUAUUGUACCAAAUGUCAGCGCUACCAAAACCUUGACCAGCGCAAGAUCAUCUUCAACAUCCCGGCUGUUUUGGCGCUCUGCACAGAGAUCACCACUGCCGAGCACCGCAAGUUGUGGUCUACCCCUGGAUGGCUGCCGGAGGAGAUUGGUAUCAUAGUUGACCAAGGCCAUGUUUACUGCUAUGAAGGGGAUGACCUCAAGUUGCAUCUCAACAGGGGGAUACAUAAUAUCACAGUAUACUCGUUGGUGGGUACGGUGGUUAACGUUGAGACCAAGUCACCACAGAAGAGUCAUUUGGUGGCUACUGUUAAUGUUGGGCGCGCGGAGCCAGAGAGCAAAGACCAGGAUCGCUGGCAUUUGUUCAACGACUUCUCGGUACGGGGCAUUUCCAAGGUUGAGGCACUUACCUUCAACGCUGCUUGGAAGAUGCCGGUUGUCGUCAUGUUCCAGGUCAAGGCGGCCAACCAUCGCUUCAACAUGGACUGGAAGACACGUCUGGACACCUCCGUCCUCUUCAGGGAUAACAACCCACAUGCCCUCAAGACAUACGAACUACUCGACCGAGAGACAGAAAUUCCCGGUCCCGAAACUGUCAUCGCAAUUGAUACGGAAUUUAUUCGACUUAAGGAGAGAGAGAUCCAUAUCGACGAAGACGGGAAAUCCAAAACCAUUCGACCCAUCUCGCACGCUAUCGCGCGUGCCUCGGUUGUCCGCGGCCAAGGCUCCAGAGAAGGCGUUGCCUUCAUCGAUGAUUACAUCCACAUCAAGGAAACCAUUGUUGACUAUCUCACCGAGUGGUCCGGUAUUACACCCACCGAUUUGGAUCCCAUCAACUCCCAGCGCAACCUCGUCUCGCCCAAAACUGCCUACAAAAAACUCUGGGUCCUCGUUAACCUGGGUUGCAAGUUCCUCGGUCACGGCCUCAGCCAAGAUUUUCGCGUCAUCAAUAUCCAAGUGCCUAGAAAUCAGGUUAUCGAUACGUCUAUCAUCUUCAUGAAGCCGCCUUCUCAGCGCAAGAUUUCGCUUGCUUUCUUGGCUUGGUAUUUGCUCAAGGAAGACAUCCAGCAGAACACCCACGACUCUAUCGAAGACGCCCAGACGGCGCUGAAGUUGUACAGAAAGUACGAAGAGUUCAUGGCCGACGGGAGCUUCCACGAUGUCUUGGAAGCGCUUUACAAAAAGGGCAAAACACUCAACUUCAAGCCGCCACGUAUCUCCACCGGUGCAGCAAAGGACGCUGGUUUCGGAGCCGUACACCGCGUCGGCACUCCUCCCGUGCCUGCACCCGGGACGACCGAGGGAAGCUUUGAAAUCUCCAAUUCAUCAACAACAACAACCGGCGGUGGCGCCCUCUCCGCCACCGGCGGCAUGGGAAGCGCGAGCGCGAGCAGUAGUAUGCCGUCCACCCCCGUCAGGAAGCCCAUCGGUCUCGGAGGACCGUUUACCGUUGCUGGUGUUGUCAAGCCAAGCCCGGCUACUAGCCUUGAUAAUUUUGGUGCUGGUGCUGUUGGCACGGGAAUCACAACAGCAGCAGGAACAAUGGGUGGUGGAUACGGUGGUUAUGGUACGGAUGGCGCGUAUUGGGGUGGACCGAAUGAUAUGGCGCCUACGAGUAUGAUUGGGGGAUCGGCGUUUAUUCCUGCUAAAUUCCCGCCUGGACCGCCUGAGACGAGGGGAUUUAUACCGUAUAGGCCGCAGGUGCUACUUGCGGAGCGGGAGGCAGCGGCUGCUGCUGCUGCUGCUGCGGCGGCGGCUAGUAAUGAUGAACCUGUUGGUGAGGAACUUGAGGAGCAAAAGAAGGGGCAGAAGCUAGAGGAGGAAGCCCACACUUCUCGUGCUGCUGUUGGCAGUGGUUAUAGUUAUUUUCCUGCUGAUCAUCUGUCUCCUCCUCCCCCUUUCGUCAGCGAGGAAUCUGACGAUGAUGAAAUGCGGAGGCAGCAGCAGGAGCUUUUUGCGCCUGAACCUUAUGCUCCUGAUUUCGAGCAAGAUCUUUUCGAAGGCUCUCGUCGCGACGAAGGCUCUCCUGUUGUCCAGUACGUUUCUCCUCCAGCCGUCGAGGAGGAUGAUUCUUCUACUAUCAAAGAAGUGUCUUCUCCUGUUGUCAAGGAAGUGUCUUCUCCUGCUGUCAGUUCCUCCUCCCCCCUUGCUGCUGCUGCUGCUGCUAUUGGUGGCGAGGAAAAAGAAGAGAAGCAAAAGGAUGAAGAUUCGCCUCCCGCUAUCGAGGAAGCUGCUGCUGCUCCUUCUGUCGUAACAGGUUCUUCUUCAACUCUGGCUGCUGAGAAACAGCGGAAGCAAGAGGAGGAAGAAGGUUCUUGCGCUGUCGGUGGUGGUGGUGGUGGUGGUGGUGGUGGUGAGGAGGGGAAACAGGAGAAGCAAGAUGAUCAGGGCUCUACUCCUGCUUUAGCGCCUUAG